UGUGGGUUGAGGAGCAACUACAUAUCAAACUGAAAUGGACGUGGGUUAAAAAUAUAAAUGAUUGCUUAAUCGACGAACCGUAAAAAUCAAAAGUAGUUCCCGGGGCGAUUAUAACUGCAGCAGGCUCUGCUCAGCGGGUGGCGGCGGCUGCGGUGAACCCUUCGGGGAGACGUUGGUUCCCAGUUCCCAGUUUCCAUGGGAGGAAGAGCGGGCCGGCGGCACCCUCCCCUCGCCCGGUAGCGGUGCUGUCACCCCGGCGGGGCGGCGAGGGCGAGUCCCGGGCGGGACCGUGUCUGACGGGUCUCUGACAAGCUGCCUGGCUCAACCCACCCCUUCCUGUCGGAGCCGUUCGGUUGAGAAAAACAGCCGAUACCUUCCAGCCACAGCAGCCUCGAAAAGACAGCAUGCUCCUACCCGUGAGUCAUCCUUGGGAUAUUCAGAAGGCAUCGGUUGCUACUUCUGUUAUUUAAAACCGAGCCCAGGGAGACAUCUGCCUGUUCCUGGGAGAUUGACUGUGGGGUUGGACUCGGGACUGUUCACCGCCGCCGGUCGGCACCAUGUCGGGGGCCGGCGUGCUGCAGAGGCUGCGGAGAGUCUUCCAGGGCAAACCGCCGGAGUGGGACCUCAGCGACACGGCUGCCUUUGACUUCUCGGAUGAGCUGGCGGACGAGGAGACCCCCGGCUUUAACAAGCUGCGGGUCGUGGUGUCGGGCGAGCCGGGGGACUUCCCGGCCGGCGCCAGCGCGAACGGGACGGCAAUAAGCGCGGAGACGGACGAUGACGACUCGCUGCUGGGCUCUUCGUCGAGCCUGCAGAGCCCCGGCAUUGCCCCGGACCCCUGCGAGGGCUGCACUAAAAAAACCCACCGGCUGAAGCAGAGCAGGGCGAUGAAGAAGUUAGGGUUCGCUGCCCUGCUCUAUCUCCUCUUCAUGAUAGGUGAACUCGUAGGUGGUUAUGUCUCCAAUAGCCUAGCGAUUAUGACCGAUGCGCUUCACAUGAUAACGGAUCUCAUCGGUAUUGUUGUGUCCUUGCUUGCACUGUGGCUGUCUGCAAAACCUCCUACAAAAAGAUUCACCUUCGGACUUCAUCGUCUAGAGGUCAUCUCAGCUGCCAUCAGCGUUCUGCUGAUAUACAUUCUGACUGGGGCUCUUCUGUACGAGGCUGUGCAGCGAACUCUCCACCAGGACUUUGACAUCAACGGCGAUGUCAUGCUCAUCACUGCUGCAGUUGGAGUGGCUGUCAAUGUACUAAUGGGAUUCCUUCUGAAUCAGUCAGGACACCUCCAUUCUCACUCCCACUCCCACUCUCACUCUCACGGGCCCUCCCCAGCUGCCCACAGCUCAGGGCAAAGCCACAGCAGCCUGGCAGUGAGGGCUGCCUUCAUCCACGCCCUGGGAGACCUGCUGCAGAGCAUCGGGGUCCUGGUGGCUGCUUAUAUCGUCCGCUUCAAGCCUGAAUACAAGAUUGCCGACCCGAUCUGCACCUAUAUAUUCUCAGUCCUUGUCCUGUUCACAACAGUCCGAAUUAUUUGGGACGCGGGGAUUAUUGUGCUUGAAGGGGUUCCCAGACAUCUGGAUGUGGCCCGUAUCAAAGAGGACCUGCUGAAGCUUGAAGAUGUGCACUCAGUAGAGGAUCUCAACGUCUGGGCGUUAACUACAGACAAAACAGCUGCAGUGGUGCAUCUUCAGCUCCUUCCGUCCAGCGCAACAAAGUGGGAGGAAGUCCAGUCAAAGGCCAGACUUUUACUAUUAAACACAUAUGGAGUGUACCGCUGCACUGUCCAGCUACAGUCCUUCAGACAGAGGCCUCUGAAAAGUUGCACAAAGUGCCAGGUUGCACGUUCCUGAAGACUGUAGCCUCUUCUUUCUUUUUGGGUAUUUUUUUCUUUCUCUAAAGCAAUUUUUGUGGUUAACACUGGAGCUGAAGAGCCGGAGCACAUUUUUUAAGACGGUUACUAUGGCAGAGAACUACAAUUGCAAGAGCAAGCAGCAACUCCAUAAGAGGUGUAUUGAAGCACCUUUCAGUGAUAUUUCCACAUGGAGUGCACAUGCUAAAGUGACAUCAUUUCAUUCCUUGUGGUAUUUUAACCUUUGGAUUGAUCGCUGUCUUUUAAAAAAAAAAAACCUUUUUCAAAAGCAUUUUGCUGACAUGCACCGGGAUGCUGCUAAAGACUCUGUGUCAUUCCUCCUGUCAUUUAAGUUUUGCACGUCAGUUCACUUUCAUUCCAUUUUGCUCCACACUAAUAGAAUACAUCAGUGAUCUGUGAUCACUGAGGAACCAGGAAACGGAGGAUUGUGCGUUUGCUAGGUGUCGUUAGCUGAUUUAUCCUUUCAGAGUUUUCUCUGUUGUUUUUCCUUGGUACACCUCUCUCCAAGCACCUUAAAUCCAGGGUGUCUUUAUCUGCCUCAGUGCACAGAAUGCAGUGUUGAUUAGCUGUGCCUCUGAAGGAGCUCAGAUGUUUUGUAUAUUUUGUAUAUUGUUCCUCAUGCCUUUAGUUGUAACAAAUGCAGCCUUGAAAGACUCUGGAAGGACUCUGGACUGUGCUUUUAGAGUUUUAUGGUUUGAUAAAAGAAACAGUCUCUAUAUCUGUGUUCUGUUUUAUAACCCACAAGUUGAAAAUUAACACUAGUGGUGUUUACUUCAGAUCUGACAACAUCCUAGCAUCUAUUGUUUUUUUUCUUUCAGAAUUUCUGACUUUCUUUUCAGGUAUUCUCUUCAGAGAACUCUUGAAUAUGGCUGUGUGGUCUUUGUAAUGUACUGUAGUACUCCAAUGAAUUCAGAUCCUGACAGAAUAGUACAACACAAGUCUGAUUUUUAAGAAGUUUAAGUUUUUUGUUAAUUUAAAAAAAAAUAAUACUGACAAUAUUAAUAAUUGGAAGCGGACUUCAGCAUGCUUCUAUAAUAUGCAAUUCCAAUGUGCUUCUGUCAAUACUGCUCCCCCGAAACAAGUAUUUUAAAGACCUGUAACGACUUGAGCGUAGCACUGGUGUCUACCAGCUCCAUGUGCAGUAAAUAUCAGUGAAAACAGGUUGAUGUAGCAGUUAACUGGCAGUGCAUGUUGAUCUAUAUGGUUGGAAAAUUAAUUCUGCAAGUUUUGAAUUUAUGGAUGACAUUCUGACCUUGUAUGUAAGUUGCAGUAUUAAUUUUAUGCAUUGUAAUGUAUUUGCUUUAAUUCAUAAUUGCAGUCCAUUUUCUCGUUGUGCAGUUUCAUUUGAAUACACAUCUUGAUUUGAAUUUGUGUUUUUAUUCACCUCUUCCAGAGACUGUGUUGCAAGCUGAUAAAAGGUACAAUGUAAAUGGGGUAUAAGCACAGAUAGCAGGGUUUGCAUGGUAGUUAAGUUGAUAUGUUUACUCAGUUAGAUAGCAUGGAGCAGAUCCAGUGGAGGCUGUAGACUAAAUACACUUGAUCACAUGUUUGGACUGCAGCAUGUCCUCUGUCUCUGAAGUCUUUGAAGCCACUCAUCUAUAAGUGUUUUUGUAAUCCUAUAGCACCUUUCCAUCUAGUCAACAACUGGAUAAAAGCACUAGUUUAAUUUACUGAGUAUUUUAUUUCAUGGUUAGAUUUUAUGUAAGCAUGCUACACAUACUGCAAAACUCUAUUUUCCUUACAUAUCUUCUUUACAAGUUCAGAUAUAUUUUGGCUGAGGCAUGUUUGCAAGACAAAUAUUAAAACUGUUACAACAAUUAAGGGGGGUUGCUGUAGCCUGUAGGAAUAGUUAACAGUUCUUAAGGUGAAGUGUAGACUCCCAAAACACAGCUACAUCUCUCCACAGCAGUGUUUAGAAAGCAUGAGUGCGAGUGAAAGGAGAUGUCAGGUGGCUCUGGCUUUUAUGGUAUGGUGUUUUAAUUAGUUCUUGCAAAUUCACACCAAUUGUUAUGCAACGAAGUGGCUGUGUGUGGGGGAGAAUCUUCAUCUUGUGAAUUGCUGGCUAUGUCUCCCUCUGGUGAUGAAGAUAAACCGAUUAUGAAUCGGUGUCCUCUUUGAACCAUAUUCCUUGUUUCUCACUUAUACCUUGCGUGUCAUUUGUCUGUGUUUGAGUUUUACUGAGAAAGAAAGGUACCUUUAUUGUAUUGCAUUGUUUAGCAAAUCACUUGAAGUUUUGCAGACUUAUUGCACGUUUGACAAUGACAGCAAGCCGCCUCAGAUAUUUGCCAAAGCUGCUCACAGCAUUAGAUCGGGAAACCGGUGGUUUUGAAUGAAGACCUUCAUUGCGGAGAACCUCUGAUUACUGUGUAAUAAACUCAUGGCAUGUCAAAGGCAGAAGACUAAUCCAGUAUUAGUUCAUAUGUAGCCUGGUGUUCAACUGCAUUCUUCCUUGUCACUGAAAAUGUGAAGAGAGACUUGCAUGCAGAAAUAAACAGCUUUUGAAAAACA